GAAUUAUACAAAAUCUUUGCAAUAAAGCAUAAAUAAUAUGCUGCAAUUUAAUAUUUAGAUUAUUCGGUUAAUGCUGUACUGAAUAACUAGAAAAAUGUCAUCCCGUUCGGCUUCUGAAAGUGGCUCGGAAAGAAGUAGUAGAAGUAGAACUGGUAGUCCUGUGUCUAACCAUGGCCCUGCUCCAACACCGGGACAUAAUCUGGAAUCCCCGGAGUAUGAAAAAUCACAUAGUGAGCAUUCAAGAUCACCAUCAGUAGAAUCUAAUAGAUCUGUGGGAAGUGAUUCACAAGGAUCCCGAUCUCCUCAAAGCCCAAACUCGCAAAGAUCAGAAAACCCUGUGAGAUCAAGAAAAUCAAGAUCUAGAAGCAUUCAGUCGCACAGAAGUGAAUCUCAAAGAUCUCAGAGUGCGGGGUCUGGGUCACAUCGAAGCAACAGUUCUGGUUCACGUUUGUCAGGAAGUCAAGCAUCUAGACCUACUUCAGUACAAUCAAAUCGUUCAGGAUCUGCUCACUCAAACAGAUCUGGCUCUGCCAACUAUAGAUCUGGCUCUGCUCGCUCAAACAGAUCUGGAUCUGCACAGUCAAAUAGAUCAGAUUCUGCACAUUCAAAUAGGUCUGGAUCGGUCCAGUCUAACAAGUCUGGAUCACCAGCUUCUGUUAGAUCAGCUUCACAAGUGUCGAAUAAAUCAGGAAAACAUUCUAGAUCUGGUUCUCAUGUAUCAACAAAAUCAGGUCAGAGGUCAAAGUCUAACAGUCCAGCAUCUGUUAAAUCAAGACAUAGAUCACGCUCUGGGACACCAGUUUCGGAUAAAUCUGGUCAACGGUCAAGAUCUAAUUCAAAUGAUUCAAAAAAAUCUGGCCAUACAUCAAGGGCACAAUCUGUUGAAUCAAAAGCCAGUAAUAGAUCCAGGUCUGGUUCAUCUGGGUCAAAAAGGUCCUCUUCUAAAUCCGAUAGGAGCAGGUCUAAUUCUCCUAACCAUUUGCAAAUAGAUGAAGAUGAAGGAAACACGGAAAGAAAAGAGAUUGAUGAUGAAGAAGGAGAACCUCCUCAGAAGAAAAAAAGAGUGAUGGAUUCAGAUAGCGAAGGAGAAGAAAAGAAAGGGGUAAGUGCUGCUGCCAUUUUUGGAGAUGAUGCAGACGACAUAAGUAGUGAAGAAGAGAAAGAAAAGGAGGCUUCUGACAAAGAGGAAACCACACAACAAAUGUCUGAUAAUGAUGAGGCGUCUGUUCAAGAACAGCAAAAGGAUGAGGAAGAGAAAGAAAACGAACCGGAACCUAUUCCAGAAACACGAAUUGAUGUGGAAAUACCUAAAAUUAGCUGUGAUCUUGGAAGAGAUAUACAUUUUGUAAAACUGCCUAACUUUUUAUCAGUUGAGACAAGACCUUAUGAUCCUGAAACUUAUGAGGAUGAGAUUGAUGAAGAAGAAACUCUAGAUGAAGAAGGAAGAGCAAGACUGAAACUUAAGGUUGAGAAUACAAUAAGAUGGAGAGAUGUCAUGGAUAAUGAUGGUAACUUGAAAAAAGAAUCGAAUGCACGCUUUGUUAAAUGGUCAGAUGGAUCAUUUAGCCUUCAUUUAGGGUCUGAAAUUUUCGAUGUGUAUAAACAACCCUUACAAAAUGACCACAAUCAUCUCUUUAUACGACAAGGUACUGGUUUACAAGGACAAGCAGUAUUCAGAACAAAACUAAGUUUUAGACCCCAUUCAACUGAGAGUUUCACACACAGAAAGAUGACAUUGUCUUUGGCGGAUAGAUCACAGAAAACUUCAGGAAUUAAAAUUUUAUCACAGGUUGGUGUGGACCCUGACCAAGAUCGAUAUACUAGACUGAAGAAAGAAGAGGAAAAACUGAGACAGUCUGCAAGAGCUGUUAAACCACGGAGCAGAAAAGAAAACUCCCGCUCUGUUAAUGUAUCAAGACAUGAAGAGGAGGGAAGCGACGAUGAAGGAGCAAUUUCGUUGAAUGCUAUCAAGAAUAAAUAUAAACCAGGAGCUGGGAAUAACAAAGCGGCAGCUGCCACUAUUUACUCAUCCGAUGAGGAAGGGUCUGAUAUUGAGGUUAAGUCAAAAAAGCAAAGCAAAGUAUUAAACAUAGAGGAGUCUGAGGAUGAAUCGAAUUGAUCAUUGAUUCCUUGAAAGAGUUCGUUAAUGCAUAUCCAGAAUAAGACAGAUAGCCCAAUAGCCAUUCCUUCUCGCUCUAUCCCGGAUAUGCAUUAUUUACUCCCUUCUUUUAAGUUGUGUAAAUAUGAGUAAUUUUCCAUUAAAAAGUUUAAUCUCCUUGA